AUGUCCAAGAAACACAGUAAGCAGACCGAAAAACAACUCAUUGACAUUGUUAACAACCAUAACAACCUCAACAGGUGCGGUGAGUGUGGCUCUGAUUACCCGACCUGGGCCUCCUGGAACUUGGGUCUACUUUUAUGUGGAAAGUGUGCUAACUGCCAUAAGAAAGUUCUUGCGUCUGGCGGUCCUGGAGGUCAGCCCAUCUCUAGGGUGAAAUCGCUUACAUUGGAGGUCUGGACAGAAUCUCAGCUUGAUUGCUUGCGGAGUAUCGGAAACCGGGCCGCUCGGCAAAAGUGGAACCCGAAGAAGGUCCCAUUCCCGUACGACGACGGGGUGGAUGACACGCCCAUUGAAAAAUACUUGAAAGAAAAAUACAUUGAGGGCAAAUUUCGCUACGAUCCAAUUGGCCAGGAUGAGUAUGGCGACGAGUAUGGACGAACCACUCCCAGCUCCGGAAGAAGUCGAGGAAACCUGUCUGCGACCCGAAACUCUCGUAGCAGAAGCAGCUCGAAGGUGUUGCCGCGCUUGUCGCACCGCAAGUUGACCAGUUUCGAGCUGUCGCAGUAUGCAACACAAGCUCGUGAGAUCAUGUCUCUUGGGUUCCUGGACAGAGAUGCCGUUGUUGAGAGUUUGAUUCUUAGCAAGGGAGACAUUAAUGACUCGCUCGACAUUUUGAACUUCGAUUCUAAAGUCAAUCCUGCUCUGGCUGAAUGUCCUCCCGAUUUACCUCGCAGACCAGCUUCUUCUGGUGCCACAGCUUCUACUCCAUCGGUGGGUCAACUGCAACCUACUGCAACUGGUAGCAGUGGCGAGUGGUGGACAGGGCAGCAAGUUGCACAACAAACUGGUCUUCCAACGGGCGCCGGGUUCGGAAACCAGCCCCCUCAGAUCUACCAAUACACAGACCCAGUGACAGGACAAGUCUCCUAUAUUGACUCGAAUGGCCAACAAUACUUGGACCCUUCAAACCCUCAACAUCAGACUAUGAUGAUGCAGGCCACCAAUCCUCAGCUUCUUGCCCGCCAACAAACAAACCAGAAUAUCUUAUCUUUGUACAACCAACCCAGUGCAACCGAUGCUACUCAGCAGCAGCAGCAGCAGCAGCCAAUGCAGACAAUGAUGCCUCAGCAAACAAUGCAACAACAGCAAACUCAACAAAUACAACCUCAGAUGACAUUUCAGAUGGGCGCGUAUCAGCAAAAUGCUGCAAUGGGUGCCCCUGUUCAAAACUCAUAUUUCACUGGGCAGGGAGCAUAUGCUUCAAAUCCAGGAUACGGGCAGCCCACGCAACAGUAUGGAGCUUCACAACAGUAUUGGAGGUGA